AUGGCGGAAAAGCCAUCGGUCCUUAUUAUCGGAGGGUUGGGUUAUAUUGGCCGUUUCCUGGCUCUCCACAUCAAUAACAACAACCUGGCCUCCGAAGUUCGCAUCGUCGACAAAGUCCUUCCACAGCUUGCCUGGCUCCCCGACGAGUUUAAGGAGGCCUGCUCGUCGGACAAGUUUGUACAAGCUGACGCGAGCAGAGACCAGGCGCUAGAGAAGAUAUUCGACCGCGGCGAGGGCAAGUCUUGGGAUUACGUAUUCAACUGUGGAGGAGAGACCCGUUAUUCUCAAGAGGAUGAGGUCUACAGGAUACGCUCCCUUGGCCUUGCGGUAGCACUAGGCAAGGAGGCCGCCAAGCGAAACGUCAAGGUCUUCGUCGAGCUCAGCACCGGCAUGGUCUAUAAGUCGGAUUCGACUCCGAGUAAGGAGGGGGACAAACUCAAGCCUUGGAGCAAGAUCGCUACGUUCAAACUCAAGGCGGAAGAAGAGCUGGCCAAGAUCGAAGGUCAACAAGUUGGCCGUGUGUGGCCUGCGUACGCUCACGUGCUUAUGUUUGUGCAAUUCUGCAGCCUCAACCUAGUCAUUCUCCGCUUAGCCCACGUGUACGGACCGUACGCCUCUCAGUGGGUCGCGACGGCCCUGUGCAUUGCUCGCGUUUAUCAGUACCUUGAAUCAGAGAUGAAGUGGCUCUGGACCAAGGAUCUUCGGACCAACACCGUCCACAUCAACGACCUAACUCGAGCCAUGUGGGAUGUGGCAAACUGGUACAACGAAGGCAAAGCCAAAUGGGACCCCAAAUCUAUGGGUCCUACCCCACGUUUAACGUCGUUGACCAUGACUGGUUUCCAAGGCCAGCUUGUCAGCACCUUUGCCCGUCUGAACAUGGAUAGUGUGGUGGAUGAUGUCAACGAGGAGUUGCUAGGUCCAUGGGGUGUGUUGCUAGAGGAAGCCAACAUCACACGGCCGGGACCCCUCACCCCCUUCAUGGAGAAGGAGCUGCUCAAGGAUACGGACUUGAGCAUGGACGGUGCACGCCUCGAGGAGGUGGUUGGUUUUAGCUACGAGAAGCCAGAACUCACCAAGGAGCUCAUCGAAGAGGUCAUUGAGAGCUAUAAGAAGAUGAAUUGGUGGCCUUGA